AAAACGAAGCACGGUUUUCUAGCUGCGGGAUAUGUGUGUUUACUCUUCUGGGCGGCAGGUUGUCCCUUUCUUUUUUAUUCUUCCUUUCUGUCAAUUGCUUGCCUUCUCUCUCAGUCGGUUAGCAGCAGAGGAUGGAGCAGAGCAGAAAGGGAGGCACGGAGGAAGGAUUAAUCAGCGUGCUGCCAGUCGUAGAAGCACUACUGCUGUUACUGGUACUGCUACUGGUGCGGAUAAAAUGGUCAUGAGAUGAGUGGUGGGAAGGCUGGAACGGAAAAAUGCUGGAUGAAACUGGGCGGAUGGAUGGGCGGCG